AUGUCAGCGUGUGGUUACAUCGUUACAGCCAUCCUUGGCAAUCCCCAGCCCAGACUUGAGGUCUACAAACCCUUUUGCACAGCCCCUUCAAAGUCUCCAGCCAGAUUGCUACCCGCCAUGCGGCUCAUACGUGCAUCGACAAAAGAGCUCGUCUUUUUCAUUUCUAGCAACCCGCCACCUUACGUGAUCCUCUCUCAUACAUGGGGGAAAGCCGAAAUCCUAUUCGAGGACUUCGUGUGCGGAAAGCUAUCACCUGAAGCCUCACUCAAAGUGGAAUCAUACAGAAAGUUAGAAUACACAUGUGCAGAAGCAAUCCGUAUGAAUGUCGAGUACUGCUGGAUCGACAAUUGUUGCAUCGAUAAGAGUAACAGCGCCGAGUUACAAGAGUCGAUCAACUCGAUGUACAAGUGGUAUCAGAGAGCUAUCGAAUGUUUUGUUUACCUCGCCGACGUCCAUGAAGUCGAUCAUGAACAUGCAGAGCAGAAGCUCAAGGACUCACGCUGGUUCACACGCGGAUGGACGGUUCAAGAGUUGAUUGCGCCUGCUUGCAUCUCUUUCUACGACUCAUCCUGGGAAGCUUGGGGAGUACUUAGAAGAUCUAACAUAAAUAGUUUUUAUGCCCCCGCAACCGAUUCUGAAAAUGAUCUCAACGGCGCCAUUUCCAGAAUCACGGGCAUUCCAAGGGAGCUUCUGUGGGGGAAGACUCGCGUGGAGAGAUAUUCUAUAGCGCAGCGAAUGUCCUGGUCUGCAGAGAGGGAAACGACUGUGCCUGAAGACAUCGCAUAUAGCUUGCUUGGCAUAUUCCAGAUUGCCAUGCCCAUGUUGUAUGGCGAGGGACAGCAUACAGCUUUUCAACGACUCCAGGAAGAGAUCUUAAAGAAGUCUACAGAUCACACCAUAUUUGCAUGGAGAAACAUGUCUCAAUUCAUGUUUUAUCCCCAAGGCAUCUUAGCGAGCCACCCUUCACAGUUCAAAUAUUCCUCUGGGAUCGUUGCCGUGGAUUCAUACCAGCUUAGGGGUUUACCAGAUGUUGAUAGAGCUCACUACUCAAUGACGAAUCGCGGAUUGGACAUUGAAGCUUCUAUGCUCGGUGUCCCGCUACUUCCGGAUCACAAUUAUGUCGGCGGGAUUGCGAUGGUAGCGCUGCGAUGUAAGUUUAGUAUGGAAACCUUGACAACUCAGCUCUGCGUUAGCAGUACCCCAACAGACGUAAAGACAAUUCCCCAGCAGGGAUUCAUUGGUAUUCUCGUAGCCAGGCAGAGUAACGGGCCGAUAUACUCGAGGAUAAAUGCAGCUCAGUUUGUCUACACCGAGAACUGGGGAUUACCACAGCGGAUUGUGAUCUCACGUACGGAAACAGACCAAGUCAACUUUUCGCCCAGCAAUAGAAUUAACCACGUGAGCAGCACCAAAUGGUUCCAUCUUGAUCUGGAGGUUUCAAAUUCUCGGGUGGUAUAUGUUUCUCAUGCUCGUCCCGUUGGAAGAUCGUCGCUAGAUGGAAAAGAGAUGAAUAAGUGGACGGAUAUCGGUUGGACCAAAGGGAUGCAGGCUCCAAUCGGAAGAAUGCCAGAGAGGGGCUAUGAAAGAUUUCAGAUUGGCACAGAUAAGUUUACAGUCUGGUUAGGCAAGAUGGGUGCCGAUACUUUCAUGGUGGAUGAAGGACAUGGCUCUCCUCCUGAGGAUCAUAUCUAUGAAAAAUGCUGUGGGAGCAAUAGCUUCUGGAUGAGGACCAAGGGAGGGUCUUGCAUCGCCGUGGGUGUCACCUCUGGUGCAAAGAUGGAUCCUUUUUUGGAUCAACGGUCGGUCUUUUUUAUCCGAGCGAUUGAGAUAGAUAGCUCUGUUGGUUUCAGUUGA